AUGAGCGGCAGAUGCUUCAACACGACGGUCUUUCACACGGCCGUGCGCUGUCCCGACUUCUCGCCUGUCCAGCAGCUCGUGCUCUACGUUCCCGCCGUGUGCUUCUUCGCGCCUUGCGUCCUCCUGUUCGUGUGGUACCGCGCCAACUUGUACUCCGGCAAGCACAAGAUCAGGCGCGCGGCGCUGUGGUACCUCAUCCUCGGCGGCUUGUUCGCAUUCGUGAUCGCAACCCUGGACGAACGCUCGCACCUUGAUGCAUACGUCUCGCGCGCGAUUGGCUGGCUCAGCGGCUUUCCCAUAUCGUUCAUCCUCGCGGCUAUGUACACGCUGUCGCCAACGCUGCCGCACUGGUUGGAGACCUCGCUGUUUGGGCUCGCGUCGAACGUUGGCCUGCUCAACGAUCUGGCCGCGCUUCUUGAAGUGAAACAUCGAGAGGGCAGGCCUACGUUCGCCGACCGUGAAGGAGAGCAGCACACGCUGUCGCUCAACAGGGUCCAGCUUGCGCUCGGCAUCGUCUUUUGCGCUCUCCUCGCUCCGGCUCAAGCGCGUGCCGCCUUUCCCGGCCUCGUCAUCCCAAGUUGGUUGACGUUUCGGAAGCCGCUGCAGCGCGCCCGAUCUCCCAGCGUAGAGGCGCCAACUCGCCGGCUCCGUGUUUCGCACCAGGCCAACAACUCGAGCUCGUCGGACGAGGGCGCUGCAGCGCUGAGAAGAGACAGCGUCCAGCCUGGAGAAGCGCAGAGCGACACGUCGGACGCCGCUGCCUCGCAGCUCGAGCCUUCUGUUGGGUGCAUGCGCGCGUGCGCAGCAGCUUCGCUCAGCGCCACGACGCUCUUCGUCAUCGUCUCCAUCAUGCUCCUCAUUCGCUCCACCGGCUUCGCCGUGCAGUUCGCGGCGAGCAUGCUCAACGCGCUUGGCUUCUUGUUGCUGUGUGGCGCGUGCUACCUCGAUGCGGUGCGAGUGAGGCCGACCGAAGCGCCCAUGGAUCUCGAGGCUCUGCCGCGCCAGCACUCAGCCGACCCGUUCAAGCGCUCGCCGAUCCGGACUGUUGCGAGUGCCUCGACGCUUCGCUCGCGCACGGCGUCGCCUCGAUCAUCGGGCACCGAAUCGCCCGCCGUAUCUCGCAUCGAUCGAGCUGCGUACUUGCUUCACGGCACCGCCGCCAAGCAGCACCGGCCACUCAGCGAGAGUCCGCCGCCGGAAGGGCUGCCAGAGUCGCCGACGACUCAGCGCGCGGGGCUCUACGCCGCCUCGCUCGCGGGCGACAAGCGCCUUGCGCCCGAGCUGGUAUUGCCGCCGCUGCGCCGAGCCGUUUCAACGCCGCUGCGUGGGAGCCUCUACGAGAAGCCAAAGACUGGCACGGGUCCCUACAGCUUCCUCGAUGUCAAGACGGCCGACUUUGGUCGCACGCGCACCUCGUCGAAGAACUCGAAUGUCUCGGCUGGCGCAGUCUCGCUGCUGCGCCUGCGUCGCUCCAUCGCGCAACUGGGCACGGUCUUCCGCAGCCACGCUGCCAUGCCUUCUUCGCCCACCGAGUGCCACGCGGCCAUCGACGAGGCGCACUCGGCGGCGUACUCAUCGCAGUCGCUGCUGCGCUCCGUCGACACAUGCAGCAGCACGGCGCACCGACAGGACAGCACGCGCUCGGCGUCGACUGCGGCGAGCUGGGAGCGCUUCUCGUGGCGCGAAGACUCGAUGUCGUGCAAGCGCGACUCGUGCAUGCCCUGGGCCGACGCCGCCGACCGGAUGCGGGAGCUGCCCGUGCGCGCAGUGUCGGCGAGCGACGAGCACGGCCACCACGCAUGGCGCCUGUCGGCGAUCAGUGACGCAACGUUCCCGGCGAGGAUCGGCGGCGCGCUGGAGCUGGACGUGGGCGACAUCCCCGACGUCGACACGCCGGUGCGCCAGGACGAGUCGGCGCCCGCGGGCUACUUCCCCGAACGAUCGCCGCUCGAGAGCACGGGCGUCGCAGCAGCGACACAGCCGCAGACCGACCGCUCGUCGUCGCAGAGAUGGCGCUCGGAGCGUCGCCCUUCGACGCCGCUGGCGCUCGACGUCUUCCAUUCCACCGCCCGGUCGCCGAAGAGCCACACGCGGUCGGCCUCGCUCGGGCACCUCGACGAUCUUGCAUUGAGCAUGAGCGAUGCAGUCUUCGCAGUCGAGCCUCUUGCGAUCCCAUCGGCGGCGAUGACCCGCAGCCGCGACGCCGUCUCUUCCUGGUCGGAGACUAUCCCGCAUCAUCCGCUCCGCAUUCCCCCGUCGCCGAAACGCAAGCCCGUCCCGGCGUACCUGGAUCUUCCGCUGCGCAGUCUCUCGCCUCCGUGGAUGCUGCCGGGUCAGAACGCGGACCGCCCGCACUUCGCCGCGCCUAUCGCCUCGGCGCCCCCGACGGGCAGCUCCAUCAUGCAGCAGCGGCAGCAUCUGCCAGCGCUCGUCGCGCCGAGCCCCACUCGCCCCCACGCGCACAAACUCGUCGUCGAGCACGAUGGCAGCGCCGCAGAGCCGGAGCAGCAGCCGAGCCGCCUCGCAAGCCCGCGUCGCACGACGUGCCUCUCGCGCUCCUCGUGCGAAGAGGAUGCGCAUGCCUAUCGCACGGCUGCGCUCCUCUUUGGCGGCCGCAAGCCGAGCGGCCUGGCGAGCUCGUGA